AUGUCGCAUUGCAGACUUCUCCAAACCACCUUUGUCCCCGCCGCUCCCCCGUCCCUCCACCACCGCUCCCUCGGCGGCGCUGCCCCACCUCGGCGCGCCGCCCGCCUCCUUGUCCAGGCUAAGAUCCGGGAGAUCUUCAUGCCGGCGCUCAGCUCCACCAUGACGGAGGGCAAGAUCGUCAGCUGGGUCAAAUCAGAGGGCGACAAGCUCGCCAAGGGCGAGUCCGUCGUGGUGGUUGAAUCCGACAAGGCGGACAUGGAUGUGGAGUCCUUCUACGACGGUUAUCUCGCUGCCAUUAUCGUCGACGAGGGCCUUUCAGCCGCCGUCGGGUCCACCAUUGCCCUGCUCGCCGAGACCGAGGAGGAAAUAGCGCUGGCCAGAUCUCAGAAAACGUCGCCCGGUUCUGUGCCUCCAGGUGGGAAUAGCGAUGCACCUAAGGUGCUCGACGAAAUUCCCAGCCCAGUUUCCGCUCCUUCCCCCCCUGCAAAGGCCAGCAUUAGCAGCAUUGCUGUGGGGUCGGCCGUGCAUCCAGCCUCCGAGGGAGGGAAGAGGGUGGUGGCCUCGCCUUACGCGAAGAAACUGGCCAAGGAACUGGGGGUGGAUUUGAAGGGGGUGAUCGGUAGUGGGCCCAAUGGGAGGGUGGUGGCUAAAGAUGUGGAGGCUGCUUUGACGGCUGCAAAAUCUAGUAGUGGUAGUGGGGCUACAAUGGUGGCUCCUGAAGAAGCCAAGCCGAGUGGUGUGGAGUUGGGUUCGGUGGUGCCUUUCACGACAAUGCAGAGUGCGGUGAGUAGGAAUAUGCUGGAGAGCUUGAGUGUGCCGACUUUCAGGGUCGGUUAUACUAUUACUACGGAUGCUCUUGAUGCUUUGUACAAGAAGAUCAAGUCUAAAGGAGUUACCAUGACGGCUUUAUUAGCCAAGGCAACAGCCCUUGCUUUGGUCAAGCAUCCAGUUGUGAACUCUAGCUGCAGAGAUGGCAAGAGCUUUACGUAUAACAGCAGUAUCAACAUUGCAGUUGCUGUAGCCAUUGAUGGUGGUUUGAUUACGCCAGUUCUUCAAGAUGCUGACAAGAUUGACAUAUACUCGCUAUCAAGAAAGUGGAAGGAGUUGGUCGAUAAGGCACGAGCAAAGCAGCUUCAACCUAAUGAGUACACUACAGGCACUUUUACUCUGUCUAACCUUGGAAUGUUUGGGGUGGAUCGUUUUGAUGCCAUCUUGCCACCAGGAACUGGUGCAAUUAUGGCUGUUGGUGCUUCUCAACCCACUCUCGUCGGUACUAAGGAUGGCCGAAUUGGUUUGAAAACUCAAAUGCAGGUCAAUGUUACUGCAGAUCAUCGCGUGAUAUAUGGUGCUGAUCUGGCGGCAUUCUUGCAAACCUUGUCUAAGAUAAUUGAGGAUCCUAAAGAUUUGACUCUUUAG